AUGUGGAGGGUUGCUGUUACAGGAGUCGCUGCGCCUGACGCCAAGCUGCUGGCGGCCAUCUUCAAAAACGGUGGCGUGCCGAUGGACGACAUGAGCUCAGAGCAGUACGACAAGCUUCAGGCCAUUUUCCUUCAUGUCCUGGCUUCAGUAACUGGAGACAAAGACGCAAACAAGGAGCCACCUCGUCUACCGCCGAUGGACGUUUCAGAGAAAAUGGAGCCGUCUAUGUGCUACCUGAGAGCGUUCGUGGCCCCGGCGGCCUGGAUGAUUGUAACCGGUCAGGGUGAAAACAGCCUCGAUGCAGACGACUACGAUGCAGUGAAGUGGGCUGCUGAGCCCAUCUUCCAGCUGAAAAAACUGGACCUUCCUUCCAAAGUGGACGGCAAAAACAUGAAAGAGACGAUGAGCUUAUUACAGGACAUGUACGGUAGCAUGUCCGAGAACCAGAGGACUCAGGUGUCCAAGUGGGAGAAAGAGCAGAUCGCUGAGGAGUACUCCAAGUGCACCAUGAAGCCUCCAUCCGAGUCCAAAUCAAUGCCAAUGGGUCGGUGCAAACCUUCAGAGCAGUGGUUGAGCUCAGAAGCGAUGGACAUGAUGGGCUCUUACCUUUCCGCCGUACAACCAGCUGAUCUUGACUCUUCGUCCAAGGAAACUAUGUGCCAGCUUUUCAGCUCAGGCCGCUUCCGCUCCAAAAUGAAAAAAGCAAACAUGAAGCCCAGCCUGAGAAAGAAGUUCCUUGGAAAAUUUAAAGAAUGCUCCAAGGGAAACAACGUCGCUGAGGACAUGGAAAAUCUCGGGCCGCUGGCUUGUUUUAAUUACGAUGUUCCAGACUUGACUCCUAACGACACGAAGAAAGCCCUCGCUCAGCUUGAUAAAUGUGACAACCGCUUAAUCAAAAAGGUGAAGAAACGGCUUGUCAACAGUUUCAUGUCAAAUUCCCCCGCUGCUCAGUCUGUGCUUGACGUCCUGAACAAGAGCUUGAGCCUGCUGUCUCCCAAGCAAUUGUCUGAAAUCCCUACAGACAAACUUAGGGAAUAUAUUAAGAAACUGGGACAAAGCGUAAAAUGGACGAAGAAACAGCUACGCACUCUGGUCAAGAAACAGCUGGGCGGCAAGAAGUGUAAAGACGCAUCGCCUGAGGACCUGGAAGCCCUUAAGCCGAUAGCAGAAGGUUUGCCACGCUGUUUAAUCAAGAAAAUGAAAGCCAAGGACAUCCUGAACAACACAGCGGGUCUGACCCGAAAAACGAAGAAGGGGAAACUGAAGGCCAUGCUGGAGCAGAUGAAAAACAUGAGCAUCUCGGAUCUGGUGGAGAAGUUGUCCGGCCCUUUCCUUCCCGUCCUGUCUCCUGAAAGGCUGAAAAAAGUAAACAUCACCUCUCUGAGCAAAAGUGACAAUGACGUCUGGACUCAGUCGCAGGCGGCAGUACUGGUGAAGAAGCUGCUUGUGCUAACGUUUCGGAAGCUGCAUUCCCUCAUUCAGGGAGUAACCUGUAAGAUGAUUGACGAAGUUGCUGACCGUGACGUACAGGACAUGGCUCAGGGCAUAGUAGAGAAUGAAAAGUGGGUCUCCAAAAUGCAGGCCAAAUGUGCUGCCCGAAAGAUUUUUGCAAAGUUGGAGAAAGAGAGAAGCAACUAUUUCAAAACCAUCACCGAAGAUGAGCUGGACAGGAUCGACAUAUUCUUCCUUCUUCACCUGCCACCUAAGAAGGUGAAGGAUCUGCCAGACUCUGUUUGUCCAACCCUUCUGGACAAGCUGGAAAUUGCCAACCUGAGCAAAGUGCCUUUUCGUUCCCCAUGCCGUCCUGCACUCGCACAGAAAGCUCUGCGCUGCCUGACCCAAGAAAAAGAUUUGUCUGAACUGACUUUUGAGAGUGUGUCCAAGCUCGGACAAUUCCUAUGCGAGUUACCACCCUCCAAACUAGCCAACAUAGCUCCCGACGUCCUCAACUCCAGCCUCAAGGCCAUGGCUUCCUGCCAGCACAUUCCACAACGCUACAGAAAGGAGAUAAUGGCGCUGGUCACCAAGAAUUUUGGGAAACCAAGUGAUUGGUCGGCUGAGACCGUGGAGUCACUGUGUCCUUUGCUGGAUGAUGACGGCAUCGCUGCUCUGCCCAACACAACUGAAGUGAAGGACGUCAUUGUUUACACGUUGUCACAUUUGUUCGACCCUCCAAAAGCCCUGAGGAAGAAAUUGUUUGAUCUCUCUACCGCCGGCACGUCUAACGCAGUCCGUAGAAAGAGAGCAGCCGACAGCAUCACUGAACCCACCCUGGCUGUGAUUGAAGACCUGGAGAGGGACAACGUCUUCUGGUCACCAGAGCAGCUGGACAGGAUGUCAAAGGACACUUUCCUGGCUGGUUUGGAAACACUUGAGGAGAUUCCUGACUUCAGUGAAAAGCAGCUGUCUGUGCUCAGUAAAAAAGCAGUGGAGGCGUUCGGCCCGGUGUCACAGAUGACCGAGGAUGACGUCCUGCAGCUGGGGUGUAUCAUUCAGGGUUUCUCCAACUCGGACCUGGAGCAGCUUCCUCUUUCUCUGGACGCUGUGGAGGAACUCGCCCUCUGUAACUGGACUGACUCACAGAUGGAGUCGGUGUGGAAGGCUGUCGCUAAACAUGAGGACCUGAAACCUCAGCAGAUGGGAGCCUCGCACAUGGUCGCUCUGAACUGCUUCAUCUGCGGCCUGAACUCCGACGAGAUCAACCAGCUCAACGCGGCUGCCUUCAGGGACGCCGUGGGCUCAAUGGAAAAUGUCCGGUGCUCCUUUAAAGCUCUGGAGAAGGUUAAACCUCUUGUCCUGUCUGCGAGAGGAGAUCCAAGCACCUGGGAAGAAGCGGAAGUAUCCGAAUUAGGCAACUUCCUGGCUGGGUUGACUGGAAAAGAGUUGGCUUCUAUGCCCCCCUCUGUCCUCCCGUUUCUCUCUAAGACUUGUAUCCCGCUGAUUCCACCAGAAAACAUUGCUGCCUUCUCUGCUGCUCAGCUGAGCAGUCUUGGGCCCGACAACGCGGCCAUGUUGACCGUCCAACAGCGAGCUGCGCUAACAGACGAACAACGCAACGCCCUCGAACGGGCUGAAACCGGGUCUGAUGACGGGUCUGAUGACGGGUCUGGUGAGGAACCAAACAACACCACCAUCAUGGCAGGAGCUCCUUCGCUGAGCGUCGAGGGGGUCGCGGCCUUCGUGAAACCCGCUCUGGUUCUCCUCAUGGGCUUCCUGCUGCUGUGAGAACAGAAGAGCAUCACAUCCAACAGCAAAACCUGCAGCGGCUUCAGCUAAACGCACACACGCAGCCUCGUUUUCGUCAAACGUACCCGUAUAGAACACUUGUGACAGCAUGCAAUUAUCCUAUUUGUGGCGAGGACACGUUUUGUAUAGAUGCAUUGUCUAAGAUAAUUACUGUGUGAUUGUAGGCUACGGUGCACAUCAUAAUCAAUUAAGUACAGAUUGUUUUCCUGCUCAGUUUUUAUGCAAUAUUCUGCCUGUUAUAUAUUUAUAAGAAAGUAUAUUUUAAUAGACUCAAGAGGAAGAUUUAAUAUUUGACAAUACUGCCCUCUGCAUGGGUUUGAUAUUUGGAUAUUCAAGAUGUGGUGGUGGAAGGUGACAAACUCAAUAAAAAUUAUAAACAAACCUGCAUACUUACUGUUCAAAUGGUACAUGGAGACAAAACAAGCAAGUGAAAGCCAGUGUCUUUAUUAAUAUUUUUUUUUCAUUAUAAACAUUUGGUUAGAAACAGUUUGUCAAAAGCAAAAACAGAUAAAUAGAAGCAUGUUUGUGAAA